GACAUGUCAGUGUGGAAUUUAGAGUCCCAUUGUUGAAACAUGGGGCUACCAACGAGAAGUGAGGGGCUUCUGCAGGAAUCGGCUGCGUAAUGCGGUAAUGUGCGUCGCAUUCGGCAGAAAAAUCAUAGGGCUGCCGCCGAUUUGUCGAUAAUGCCAAAUCGGCGCGGAACCGAGGUGUGGGUGGCCCAGCGUGAAGGGGGCUCGGAAUAAGGGCGAAGUAAUUUAAUUAGACCAACGAAAGGCUGAUUGCAUACACCAUCUAUGACUAUUCAAUCCCAGAGUGAUAGCCGCUUUUUGCGAUCCAUCUGCUGAGGUCGAAGCAACAUAAAUGAAUAUCAAGUUCGAUACAAGAACCUAAGGAUCCCAUCAUUGAACACUACAUGAACAACAAGCUUGCGCAUCUUUCGAAUCUAGUCUAUUCUUUUACGAAGUCAGCUUUAUAGUUCAACCGCAGCAUGGCUUCCGUGGCGAGUCCCCAGGAGGUGGGCACGCAAGAAGUAAUAGACUUCUUCCAACUCCUCGGUACCCUAGCAACUAAUGCAUCAGCGACUUGCGUCGAAAAAGCUCUCAAAGAGAACAAGGAACUGAAGGGUGACAAAGAUUCUUUAGUUCGAGCAUUAACGAAUCUCCAGAUCAAGCUUGAUGACCAAGUGAAGAGAUCUGAGGACGCAGUUGCCCAGAGCGAAGACGCCAAAGCGAAAGCUAGUGCGUUGACGAGCGAGGUCGAAGGGGCAAAGCAGACAAUAGCCGACAAGGAUAAAAAGUCAGAAUAUGAUGCUUCAACUAUUAGUGGCUUGCAAGGCAAGGUGGCGGCACUUGACGACGAGGUCAAGGCACGCGAGGAACAGAUAAAGAAGCAUAUGGAACAGCAAGUGAAGGAUGCCAACCGCAUCAGUGAUCUAGACGCGGAACUUGGCAUGAAGAAGACCGAGCUGGAGAUCACGUCAAACCAACUGAAGGAGCUUCAAGACCUUUCUUGCAAGGUGAUCGACGAAUCAAAGGAUUUUGUCCUGUCAGAGCUUGAUAAGAUCUACGGCUAUGCCAAGGUUAUAGCCUUUAAGUAUUUCACUGGGGACUUGUCAGACGAAGUUCUUGCGGAAACGGCAUUCUUCGAAGGGAUCGGUAGGGAGGUCAAACUGCCUUUGCACCCUUCCAACUCCAUCCCCGCCAAAAAGGUUCGAAUCGCAGUGUUUCUAGCUAGCCUUGGUACCAGGUUAGCUGACGAGAUAUUUGUUCCCUUCUACUUCUUACCCAACGAGGACCAAAAUCUUCCAGAAGGUAUCGAUACCAUCACCAUGAUGCUAUCGAACUUAUCGCAGGUAGAUCCCAAGAGAGAGCUCCAUCUUCGUAGUGUUCUCCUCGCCAUCUACCCCGACGAACAGACGAAAGUCGCCAAUAAUAGGGCAAUCGAGAUUGCUGGGGACAUUUAUCACGUUCUGCGCUUCCUAGUCAUCGAGGAUCAGCGAGAGAACUUUCACAAAGAAAUCAUGCAGCUGUGUCGCCUGGCAGUAGAAAGCUGGAACACUUUGCGCCCUCUUAAGGAGAAAGUUGAGCCGUUCACAGCGACGGAAGAUGACACGGAGAAGUAUUGGCUUCCCGCAGAGUUUGACUCUACUAGUCAAACUAAGAAGCUACUGGCCAACGCCAAACCUAACGGACUUGGCUCAAAGCCUUCGCUGAACUCUCUCAAGUCGGCCAAGGGAAUCAAGCUUGUGUGGCCGGGCUUCUCCUAUGGAAACGAAGUUCUGAAGCAAGGGUUCAUGUUGUUGGAUUCUCAAGUAGCUGGUGCUAGUGAGGAGGCGCCGCUAAAACGAAAUGUGAGGGCCAUGCAGAGAGCGUCAACUGGGUCUCCCGUGCUUUCACAGCGACGUUCAGUCACGAAGAAAUCGAAAUUCUUGCUGACUGCGGGGGAGUGACUCUGCAUAAGUGCCACCGUCCUCUCGCUGGCUGCACUUGUCCAGCACCGGCGCACGCGAUUACUCCAGGAGAGACAGUUAUUGCACUUACAGCGCAUUGUUCAACAGAAACCUCGGGCUCAGAUUGGGAACAAAAAGGGCUGUUGAUAUAACCUAUACAUACACGGACCUCGAAGGGUAUUAUGAUGGGUUAUAUUUCUUGGGUAUUAGGGUGCAGAUUGCGAUAUAGUCAGUUAUCAUAGGGUCCAGGGUUUCAUAAAGAGUUCUAUUCACUCUCUAAUGUAUGGGUAGCAAAAUUAGGAUUCCGGGACGGUAUAUCGGAAUUUGAUUCAAUUGUAAGCGUUGAUUUCCGGCCAUACGUCUUCUUCAAGUUUUAAAGGUAAUUAGAGAAUAUUAGCACAUUUAACAGCG